AUGGGUAGUUAUCUGGGUAGGUAUCUGUGCGAAUGGACACCUGAACCUAUAGCCUCCAUUUCAACGAGCAACAGUAACGCCCGAGAUUCUGAGAAGUCAGCCGAUGAUAUUGAUUUAUCAAUAUCACUAACCGUGGAUAGUGAUAAUGGAGCCGAUAGUGAUGAUUCAUCUGACGACAGGAUGUCUCUUUCAAGUUUUUAUUCUAAUGCUAGUCGCCCCUGUUCCAUUCUGGUCAACGUGUCCGACUCCGAAUGUGUUUUAGUGAAUUUGGAUUGUAAUCAAUCAUCUGAUCGCGGCUUGUGGCUUCAGCCCUUUUCAUCCGAACUAGUUGACUUUUGGAUUGAAAAGGGUCCGAUUGCUUGUCAAAACAAUGACGGUGCUUUCUUGAAAUCAAAGCGAGUUUACAACGCCAAAGGCAAAAGGAAGAAAACCAGUUUUCUAAAGGAUUUGCAGACUGGAAACACGCUUCGACUAUGCUUGGAUAUCACGAAAAAAGUGCUCACCACGUCAAGUGUAUCCGCACUUAUAUCGAACACAAAUCACUUUCAAGACUUCGUCGUGUCGAUUGUGAAUUAG